AUGGAAGCCUUUGUUGAAGGGCGGGUGGAACAGCGUCUCCAGGCAGCCCUGGAACGGGUUCGAGUCAUAUUGGAUGCAACCAAAGAUCCGCAAGCAGCUGGCGAUGUUCACCAUCAGUACGAAGACAAGUACCUGCUGGUGGAGGGCGUGACCAAUGCGGCAGUUGCAUCGCAGCUGAACUCCUUUGGUGCCUUAGGCCUGACCUUGGAGCACGUGCAGAAGCUUCAAGAACGGUCCAAGGACAAAGUCGUAUCGUUCCAAUUCAGCGCCGAGGAGGCAUGCAGCUACCUCCGAGAGGAAACGCGAGAGGAAGAAGCUCCGACAAGGCAGAUCGAAAAUAUUUCUAUCCACGGCACUUUGCAGGCUGCAUUCACAAGCAAGGUGGUUACCAAGAUAACAGAGUACUUCUGGAAGUUCGAAGCAAAGUAUGAACUGGUGGCAAUCAGAGGAGUUGGUGGAACUGCUGAUGACCGGCUGUGUUUGAUGACACGUGCAGGACAAGCAGAACUUGUAACAUCGACGAAGCAGUCUCCGCGACCAGAGGUGAAGAAGCCAGCUGUCAACUUGCAGGUGGACGUGAACUGGCUCUUCCGCAGUCUGAAGAGCGACAAGGCUGUGCCUGGUUUCACCGUCGACCGACUGGCCAAACAAUGCAAAACGCCAAGGCGCAACGAAGAUGUUCAGCAGGCAUACAACCACUGCGAGCGCGUUGCCGUUUUCGCCAAGCAGGUAUCCAGCUAUCUCUCCGGGCUCUUCCAAGUACAGACCGCUGCCAAAAAGUCGCUGGACCUCGCGGCACUCCGAGGAGAUGACAGCAUUUUCAGCCCUGUUCUUCCCGUUAUGGUCCAGAGCUCACAGGCGGCGAUCGAAGAUCUCGGUCCUUCCAGUGAGGCGCUCAUCCUUGUAGAGGCCGUACGUGAGGAGGCCCAGAGCAACGUGCAGCUUACGAUCCAGGACUCCAAUCGGCUGCUUGAAGAAGAGGUCCGAACUCUUAAGCAGAAGCAGAAUGAUCUUGUAGAGGCCUUCCCCGAAGAGGGAAUUGCGACUAGGGCAGAGGCCUUUGCAGUGGUCAGCUUGCUGCAUGUUGCCCGGGUGUGUUCUAGCUGGGCCGAUGCAGUUGGCUACGUGGAGGGCAUGCUCCGCAAGCAGUUGGCUGCCGCCAUCGGCAAGGAAGUUUCCCCUGCCGAUUUUGCUGCAUACAUGAGGUUUCAUUACCGCAAACUCUUCCACGACUCAUUCCUGCCGAAACCUCUCUGCUUCUCUGUGCGCCGUUCUGACAUGCACAGCCCGGAGGGAACAGUGAGUAUCGAGGAAGCAGUGGUUGGGCCGGGCGGCGACUCCAACAUCAACAGUCCCAUCGUCACCAUGGUGGCCAGCAAUGCUGAGCCAGCUCCUAUGACCUUCCCGCUCAAUGCUUCAACGUACGUGACUUUCGCUGGGGAGAGGCACCUCCACGCAUGGCUCUCGCACCAGUUCUCGGGACAGUCGGGCUGUGAGCUGUCGUUGGUUGCCCGUGCAAGGCAGUUCAGUUCAAUGCUGGUUCUGAUCGGACGGGUUUCGUCUGCAACCAGCUUCGACCCGAAGUAUGCUGCCAUCAUCCAGAACAAGGAUGAACUGAGCAUACCCUUGAAUCUGUCGACGAUUCCAUCCCCAAAGGAGUUCAAAGAUGCCAUUGAAUCUCUGUCGCCAGAGCAGCAAGCCUUCGCAAAAGCCUUCCGUUCGAUGCAGCUGGAGUCGACCUUGUUUGGUGUGCUCGUGGUGCAGAUCAAGCCACAGCUGGAGCGCGUUCUGAACCUGGCCGACGACAGCCUCACGAAAGAGAUCAAGCUCACACAGGAUUUGAUGCAGCUGUUCAUCAAGUACCAGAUCCCCAGUGACUUGCUAUCAUUCGAUGCCACCUCGGGCGAGGCAGAGCUCUUGAAUCCCACGGCGGCCGAGAGGCUUGCACGCGUGAAGGGACAUGUGCAAGCGAUGCAUGAUAUGCUUGCUCAGGCAAAGCAAGAAGAGAUCCAGCAGCGGGAGCAGGAAAGUCUCUACGACGAUGCCUUUGCGAACGUGAAAGGGAGGGGUGGUUUCCGUGCUGUCGCUGGGUCCGGCCCCCCAGCCCAAAAAGGCUGGUAUCGUUCAGCUGUAAUCAAUAUUGGGGCCAGCGCACCCAAACCCUUGGCCGAUUCUCGCAGCAUGCCGCCCCGGCCCACCUGCGGAGCUCCGGCACGGCAAGGCAACAGGGCUAAGCAUGGCCAUGCACAGAAGCCCGAGUCGCAGCAGCAGCAAGAGCAGCCGGUGCCGCAGCCUGCUCAGAGGUUCCCCGGCGACUCAGUGGGGGCCAGCUCGGCCACACGGGACUACACGCAGGUGCCAGUUGAACUGGACCAACGCUUUGAGAAGCUCGACACGGAUCAUUCCCUCCGGCCGACCAUCAUCAACCCCGGAGAGAGGUGGAGAAAGCAGUCUCAGAAGGCGUUGUUGGCCAGCCCCUCCACUUCUCAUUUGUCCAAGGCAGAGCAAAAGACGGAAAGAGACGCUGCCUUCGAUCUACUCGAUGCUCUUACAAAGUCUGGAGCUUUGCCUUUGACCCAUGCGAGCCUGCACGCGGUAAUUGCAGCCACGCAUUGCUUCGACAAGACGGUCACAGAGACCGUCAUCCAGAACAAUGUCAACCCGAUUGCAAAAGUUGAGCGAUCCUCACUCAUCAUGGCCUCCACGGUGCACCAGAAGCCGGUCCAAGAUCUCAUCAAAGAUGAGCAAGUCCAGAGAGUGACGGAUGCCUCCCCACAGCUCUUUUUGGAAAAUGCUAGCUGA